AUGCCGGGGCGGACGCUGGAGGCCGCGGGGAAGCGCGUGAAGAACGAAGCCGCGGCUCUUCGGCGUGACUACGCGUGGCGGUGCAGCGAGUCCAGGUACGAAGAGUUGCGGACACUAAACGAAGACAUCUACGCGAUCAUGGACAAGGAGGAAAGGGACGAGACUGUGCGUAACAAUAUCGAUAACCAGGUGUGUAAUAACGGGGCAGGCGAGCCCACGGACACGAGCGAACCCAUGGACACGACGCCAGCACCGGAGGCGCUAGGAUCGACAGCACCGGAGGCACUAGGAUCGACAGCACCGGAGGCACUAGGAUCGACAGCACCGGAGGCGUUAGGAUCGACAGCACCGGAGGCGUUAGGAUCGACAGCACCGGAGGCGCUAGGAUCGACAGCACCGGAGGCGUUAGGAUCGACAGCGCCGGGACCGGCGGCACGUAGGACGGGUGGAUGUUACUCCCCGUCGGUUCCGGUGUUGACAGGUUUCGGUUACAGUGCGAAAGUGUUCCGAUGUUCUCGAAAGGGUUACGUUGCAUUGCACGGGUUAUUGUCUAGUCCGCAGUGGCGGCAAAUGGGAACCUUGGAGUGGGCGAAUUUGAAGGAAGCGAACCUGCGUUACGUUGAGUUGGCUGCAGUGAUUAGUAUGUACUUUGAUAACCCGUUCGGUUAUGCGACAGCGGGUGUGAGAGAAUACGUGGGCGCGUUGUUGAAGGAAGAGCCAUACCGUUGCCUGUCAUGGCGCGGGAACGCUUGGGUGCAGGGUUGUUUUUUGGAGCGCGCAGGUGUUUCGCUGGAGAAACUACAGAGUUUCUGCGUGGAGCAUCUCGGCUACGUGCCGGUGAUGAAGUGGCUUUCGUUCGAAUGUAUGCGUCCCAAUCCGCUAAGCUUCCACCGCUACAGCACGCGGCUUACGAAGAGCGAAGGCGAGGUCUCCCGCGACUGCGCCGCCAAGCACUUAGCGGCGCUCAUCGAGUCCUUGCCCGCUGACCGCAUCACCGCAAGUGCCUUUGCGGCCAUGACCAAUGGCAACCAUCACCCGUACGUCUUUGAAGACUCCGGCGGACCGGUGGAGGGUCCGCUAGAUAUGCGUACGCACAUGCUGCCGCUACGGCGGGUCUUUCGUGCGGAACAAAUCGAAGACAGCAUUUACGCCGUGAUCGACCAAGUCGAAGCCGACCUACUCCGCGCACCCGGCUUCUUCACAUUCGAAUCCGUCACACCCCAACGACUGCAACUCGUUCAUGAACGACUCGACGCUAUUCGAUGCGAUCCCGUACACACCCUCGACGUCACACCCAUGUACGACAUGGCCACCCUUCCCGGCCGAUCUCAACAACAUGGCAGACACGCCUACUGGCGCCUCACCAGCCACCUACUCCAAGCUAUGAGCUUCACCUCCAGCGAACUCGCUAACUUCAUGCUCGACCGCUGGACCUGGGCCCAAAUUGAACAUGCACUAACACCCCGUUUCAAACAACUCCCUCUCCUACCGCUGCAAGCACACUGCUCCGCCCGCUGCCGUGAAGACCAACAACUCAUACUCGAACGGGCACUCGAAACCGCCAACCUCCCGCCCGAAGGCAGGUACUUCGGCCCACUCACCGUCACCGAACAAACGGAUUUCUCCCUACGAAUGUCCGUCGGCUGA